AUGCCACAAACCACAACAAAUUUUGCGCCAGCAAGAGAUCCCGUCAGUUUGGACGGGAGGACAUUAGAGGUAUUGUACCCCAAUGAUAGAUACCAAAUUGUUAUCCUCUUGGAGUCCAGUGGCGGUCAACUUCUCCGCACAGCAGCAGGCCUUUCCUCCCUUCUCGAACAACCUAUCGAAAUCCACGAUGUCCGUGGAAACCGCGAAGGCAAAAAAGGAAAGAAAGGUGGCCUACGAGCCCAACAUAUCGCUUGUCUAACUACAUUAGCGAAGUGGUCUUGUUCCAACACCGGCCACCUAAGAAACGAAUCCACCCAAGUCUCCUUCCUCCCUCGUAAACGCAAGGCCUCACAGGUAUCCUAUAGAUACUGGACCGAGCGUGAUGUUCCCGGAAAUCCAUCUCCAAAACGCACAGCUACGAUUGAAAUAGGCGGUGUUGGUAGUAUAAUGCUAUUGCUUCAAGCGGUACUACCAUAUAUCCUCUACAAUGGACCUAAAAGUGGCGAAGACCCAACGCCUCUACACUUAACCGUCAUGGGAGGAACACAUGUUUCGAAGGCACCAACGCUAGAUUAUUUCAGUCAAGUGUUCGUACCUACUUUAAAGAACCUCGGGUAUCCUGAGAUUACAGUUAGAGAGAUAAAAAGGGGGUGGGGAACGGGUCCCACGAUACCUGGUGAAAUCGAGGUAGUCAUCCCAUCCAUACCCGCCGGAACUACAAUACCCGGAUUUACAAUGCAAGAAGCUGGGGAAAUAGUUGGAUAUGAUGUAACUUUCAUUGUACCCGAAGAUGCAAGGAGAAGUUUUCGAGAAACCUUAAACAUCUGGUUCGAAGACCGAGCCCAGGGCGUUGAUAUGAAUAUCGUGAAAGAUGAGGAUUCAGGACACGGUACCCGGUUUUAUCUGUUAAUAGUAGCAAAGACAAGAAAUGGAUAUAGAAUCGCAAGGGACUGGAUUUGGGAUCGGAAGAAAAGGGACGUACACCAAGUUGCGCACGAUAUGACGAGAAAAGUGUGGGGGUGGGUUCAGGAGGAGAUAGAGCAUGGUGGAUGUGUAGACCAUUAUUUACAAGAUCAACUGGUUAUUUACCAAGUUCUCGCGGAGGGUCAGAGUUUGGUUGAUGGCGGAGCUCUAGGAGAAGGUAGCUUGCACACGCAGACGGUAAGGUGGGUAGGUAGUGAGGUUGCGGAUGUGAAGUGGGAGACUGUGCUAGAGAUGGGAGAGGAUGAUGAUGAAAGCAGGGCUAGGGCAAUGUAUAGAUGCACAGGCGUAGGGUUAGUGAGUUCUACAGGCGAAGGAUGGGAUUAA